CAUCCCUCCCAGUCUCCCUCUGACUCUCUCCACCAGCACGAUCUCUCCGCUCUCCCCGUCUCCACCAGUUCUCUCUCCUCUCCCUCCCACUGCCAUCACCAUCAUCAACAUCAUUCCCCCCCUCGUCUUCUUGCUCGCCCGGGGACGAGAGGAGACGCAGCCAUGCCGAGCAGCACCGGGGAGCCGGCGGGUCACGCGGUACUGAGGCAGCGCGGGCGGGCUGGCGGGCCCGCGGGCGGGCAGGGGGACCAGGGAGACGUGGACGUGCGGUCUCUCGACUCGCGCUCCUCCUCGCCCGACCCCGCCACCCCCCUGCGCCGAGCCUCCCUCAAGAGCAAGAAGUCCACCAAGGGAAGCAAAAAGUUGUCCAAGUCCGCCAAGUCCCCUUAUGAGGGUGGAGUCCCUCGUGGCGGCGCCUGGCGCUCACUCACCGGCUCGGUCACCGCGUACGCCGAGCCCAUGGGGACCCGGACACCACGACAGAUGUGGCUGCACUCACUCCGCCAGGGCAAUGGGCUCACUCAGUCCCUGAAGAGGCCGGGCUUCGAGAGCGCGGGGGGCAAUGGGAGCGGAGUCCCCGACUACCUGAAAGAGGCGCUGGGCAUGACAAGGCCCCGGCACGCACGCUCUUCCCACACCGGCUACGUGCCCGGAACCCCCGACUACAAGGAGCGCGAGGCGAUGUACGACGAGAUCCUGGAGCUGAAGAAGGCACUGACAGCUGAGCGCGCGGCGCUGGAGACGAUGCGCACGCGAGCCCGGCGCCUCGAGGCCGAGGGGGCACGCAAGGACAAGCAGCUGGAGCAGCUGCUGAUGCCGCAAGCGCAGGGGUCGGAGUUCACCCGCAGCCUGGGUGACCGCAAGAGGGAGUCCGGAGCGGUGAUUAACGGCCUCAAGCAGAGGGUGCUCAAGCUGGAGCAGCAGUGCAGGGAGAAGGACACGGCGCUGACGCGUCUGCGGGAGGAUGUGCGCUGUACCAGCCUGGAGGAGAUGCGCGUCGCAGCGGAGACCUACCUACUGGAGAUCGACCGGUUGAGGGAGGCGCUUGCUGCCGUGGCUCCGACCCCAGCGAGUAGGGAAGGAGGCGCUGCAGGUCGGCACAAGGAGAAGGCGUUGGGUGCCGCGCUGCGCCGCCUCUCGGAGAAGCACGCGCUGGUGCAGCAGGACAACGCCCGACUGCGCUCCGAGCUCAGCGUCGCACACGCAGCUCCACCGCCAGUACCACCGCCAGCACCGCCACACACGGGGACCAGUGGCACCACCGCACCGCAGCAGCAGCAGCCCGUGCAACGCGAAGCUGGGAACCGCACCGUAUCGGCUCGCCGCACGGCAGCGCUGGAGGAGGGUUCUGCUGGUGCGGGUGGCGAGGACGGGCAGGACGCGGUGCGUCUGCGCGGCGCCGUGCGGCGUCUCAAGGAGGACAGGCGUGCGCUGCAAGGAGAGCUCGCCCAGAGGGACAAGGAGAUCCAGCAGCUGAGGCGGGCGACCUCUGAUCUGGAAGUGGAAAAUAAGCGACUGUCGGUGCGGCACGCGGAGGAGCAAAUGCGAGAGGAGGUCCGGGCUCUUCAGGAAAAGUUGCGGUGUGUGGAGCGGGAGCUUGAGGAGGAGCGGAGACGUGGGGAGGAGCGGAGACACAGAGGGGAACGCGACCUAAGCCCCGCCACUGCUGGCACCGCGAGCCAAUCCCGGCACAGCUCUUCAGACUCGCAGGGACGCAACGGCCAAUCGAGGCAAAGCUCUACGGACUCGCAGAGACCGAGCGGCCAAUCGCGGCACAGCUCUCCAAAGUCGGACAGGGGCAGCCGAUCGCGGCCGUGCUCGGCGAGUCCCGAGCGAGGAAGAGGACGGAGCGGUGCCGCUCAGCGGGCGAGGAGAGCCGAGGCAGCCGUGGUAAUCCAGCGGCAGUGGCGACGCCACCGUUAUACGGAGAAGAGUGACGAGAUCGACGAGGCAGCACAGCUGAUCCAGUCUGUGAUGCGAAGCCACGGAACUCGACGCCGCCUCCUCAUUGAGCAGGGCCCCGGCCACGCCGCAGAGGAGGGGGCAGACCCAGCCAUCGUUCUCAUCCAAUCGGCUGUCAGGGCUCACAUCGCAAGGCGUGCACAGCUGGAAAACAGAGCCCAGGCCGAGCCGACCUCAACAUUCACGCCCUCGCCAACCGGCUAUGCAGUGGAUACGGUGGGGGCCACUGCGCGGCUGGCACUGUGAAGGCCAUGCCCCCCUCUGCCCCCCCCCUCCGCCCCCCGUGUUUGAGGGCCCCCCACUCUCUGGUGCAAUAACCGCGGAGUCCUCGGUGAAUUGUUGAUGACGCCGAUUGCGGGUGUUGAUUGGACAGGGUGUGUGAUGCUGGUCGGAUUGCGUUUGCACUGGCGAUGUGAGAGUCACAUUCAGAAUAA